UCUGAUGGCUAACAAGUUGGAUACAGCAAUGUGGUUUUCCCGCUUGUUCACAGUUUACUGCUCGGCUUUAUUUGUCCUGCCUCUUCUAGGGUUGCAUGAAGCAGCAAGCUUUUAUCAGCGUGCCUUGCUGGCAAAUGCUCUUACUAGUGCCCUCCGACUACACCAAAGGCUACCGCACUUUCAGCUUAGCAGGGCGUUUCUGGCCCAGGCUUUGCUGGAGGACAGCUGCCACUACCUGUUGUACUCUCUUAUCUUUGUGAAUUCGUACCCUGUUACAAUGAGUAUUUUUCCAGUUCUGCUGUUCUCUUUGCUUCAUGCUGCCACAUAUACAAAGAAGGUUCUUGACGCACGGAGUUCAAAUAGUCUGCCCUUUCUGAGAAAUCUUUUAGAGAAACUGAAUGCUAAUCAACAGAAUAUUCUAAAAUUCAUUGCUUGCAAUGAAAUUUUCCUGAUGCCAGCUACAGUUUUUAUGCUCUUCAGUGGGCAAGGGAGUCUGCUCCAGCCGUUCAUUUACUAUAGGUUUCUUACAUUACGCUACUCCUCUCGGCGAAAUCCAUACUGUCGGACUCUCUUCACCGAGCUGAGGAUUGUUGUUGAACACCUAAUAAUGAAGCCCUCAUGCCCUGUUUUUGUAAGACGACUAUGCCUCAGCAGCAUUUCCUUUAUAAGCAGAUUGGCACCAACUGUUGCAUAGCCAAAUUUCAGGCACUUGUGUUUUGCGAACAUUAUGAGCAGCUGGCACUUCUGCUGAUGAUUAUAAAUUCCUGGUUUUACACUGAUCUCA